GAAACCCACAGAGCUCACAUGACCAAACCAAUGAGGAUGGAGGAGGACCAGACUCACGUGACUGAGAAGAUACUAAACUUCACCCUGGAGAUCAUCUGCCUGCUGACCGGAGAGAGUUUUCCUCCUGUGAAGUCUGGAGAUCAUAUAACCAUCACAGUGCCUCCAUGUGACUCCCUGAUACCUGAGAUAAAUAUCGAAAAGAAAAUUCUAGAAGUCACCAAGAAGAUGAUGGAUCUGCUGACAGGAGAGGUUCCUAUAAGGUGUCAGGAUGUCACUGUCUAUUUCUCCAUGGAGGAGUGGGAGUAUUUAGAAGGACACAAGGAUCUCUACAAGGACGUCAUGAUGGACAAUCAGCCGCCCCUCACAUCACCGGAUGGAUCCAGUCAUGGGAACCCACCAGAGAGAUGUCCCCCGUCCUCUGUAUUCCCGGGAUUCCACACAGGAAGGUCACACCAUCCUUCACCAUCUUCA